AUGCCCUGCCCUCGGCCGUUCUGGCUCCGCCAUUCCCGGGUCCCCCAGGGCUUGGGUCCCAGCUCUCCGGGCUCGCUCUCUGCGCCCCGCUCCCCAAGCAGAGCGGAAGACCAGAAUGAGGAGGAGGAGGAGGAGGACGGAGAUGGCAGCCUAGGCUCCGGCCCCAUCCUGCCCCCCGCCUCACCGGUGGAGUGCCUCAUCUGCGUGUCCUCCUUCGACGGCGUGUUCAAGCUGCCCAAGUGCCUGGACUGCGGCCACGUCUUCUGUCUCGAGUGCCUGGCGCGCCUAUCGUUGGCCACGGCGGGCGGCGGCAACGCGGUGGCCUGUCCUGUGUGCCGCGCGCCCACGCGCCUGGCCCCCCGCCGCGGACUCCCCGCGUUGCCAACGCAGUCCGGUCUCCUGCCCCGCGACGCGCGCGCACCGCCCUCUCGCCAGGGCUCCGUGCGCUUCGACCGGCGCCGCGGCCUUCUCUACCUGCGGCCGCCGCCGCCCCCGCCCGGGCCGCGCAAGGCCCGCGCCCCGCCGCCCCCACCGCCUCUGCGCCUGGGCCGCCCGCUGUCGCGCCGCCUGUCGCUGGCCAGCCCGGCCUGGGUCUUCAACGCGGCCGUGGCGCUGGCCGUGCUGGUGGCCGCGGGCCUCGUGGUCUCGGGCGUCUACAUCUUCUUCCUCAUCCCGCACGCCACCUCCUCCGGCCCCGCGCGGCCCCAGCUCGUGGCGCUCGCUCCAGCACCCGGCUUCUCUUGGUUCCCGCCCAGGCCCACGCCGGGGUCGCCCUGGACCCCCGCCUGGACGCCGCGCCCCACGGGCCCUGACCUGGACACGGCCCUGCCGGGAACUGCAGAAGAUGCGCUGGAGCCCGAGGCGGGCUCCGAGGACCCGGCGGAGGCCGAGGGGACGCUGGACAGCCGAUCAGAUGGCACGUGGGGCACAGAGACUGGCCCCGGCUGGGCCCCGUGGCCACGGGGCGCGAGGAGGCUGUGGGGCCCACAAUAA